CGCCCAUCGAUCAGCCCCUCCGCCGGGCGCAGACUGCUCAGCUCAGCAAGUCUUGCGGCAAAGGCACUUCGCGGCGGAGUUGGGGCAGGGGCGGAGCGGGGACUCCGCGCCCCGGGGAACGGACGCCGCUGCUAAACCGUCGCCAGCGCCGCGUCCUUGCAGCCUGACGCCCCCUCGCACCGGGGACCGGGACCUCUCCUGUCUCCUCCGGACCGCUCUCUGCUAACCUCUCUGCCACCAUGACCAUCUUCAAGAGGAACCAGGAGCCCGUAGUGGUUCCUGCCACCACCACCGCCACGAUGCCCAUUGGACCUGCAGAAAAUUCCACCGAGAGUGGGGGUGCUGGGGAGAGCCAGGAGGACAUGUUUGCCAAGCUGAAGGAGAAGUUCUUCAACGAGAUCAACAAGAUCCCCUUGCCACCCUGGGCCCUGAUUGCCAUCGCCGUGGUCGCCGGCCUCCUGCUCCUCACCUGCUGCUUCUGCAUCUGCAAGAAGUGCUGUUGCAAGAAGAAGAAGAACAAGAAGGAGAAGGGCAAGGGUAUGAAGAACGCCAUGAACAUGAAGGACAUGAAAGGGGGCCAGGAUGACGAUGACGCCGAGACAGGCCUGACUGAGGGGGAAGGGGAAGGAGAGGAGGAGAAGGAGCCAGAGAACCUGGGCAAGCUGCAGUUUUCCCUGGACUAUGAUUUCCAGGCCAACCAGCUUACCGUGGGCGUUCUUCAAGCCGCCGAACUGCCUGCUCUGGACAUGGGAGGCACUUCAGACCCUUACGUCAAGGUCUUCCUCCUUCCAGACAAGAAGAAGAAAUAUGAGACCAAAGUCCACCGGAAGACCCUGAACCCCGCCUUCAAUGAAACCUUCACCUUCAAGGUGCCAUACCAGGAGCUGGGGGGCAAAACCUUGGUGAUGGCCAUCUACGACUUCGACCGCUUCUCCAAACAUGACAUUAUCGGGGAGGUGAAGGUGCCUAUGAACACCGUGGACCUGGGCCAGCCCAUCGAGGAGUGGAGGGACCUGCAGGGCGGCGAGAAGGAGGAGCCAGAGAAGCUAGGUGACAUCUGCACCUCCCUGCGCUACGUGCCCACAGCCGGGAAGCUCACCGUGUGUAUCUUGGAGGCCAAGAACCUCAAGAAGAUGGACGUGGGCGGCCUUUCAGAUCCCUAUGUGAAGAUCCACCUGAUGCAGAAUGGCAAGAGGCUCAAAAAGAAGAAGACGACAGUGAAGAAGAAGACGCUGAACCCGUACUUCAACGAGUCCUUCAGCUUCGAGAUCCCCUUCGAGCAGAUUCAGAAAGUCCAGGUUGUGGUCACCGUGCUGGACUAUGACAAACUGGGCAAGAACGAAGCCAUUGGCAAGAUCUUCGUGGGCAGCAACGCCACGGGCACAGAGCUGCGGCACUGGUCUGACAUGCUGGCCAACCCCCGGAGGCCCAUCGCCCAGUGGCACUCGCUGAAGCCCGAGGAAGAGGUGGAUGCACUUUUGGGCAAGAACAAGUAGGCAGCCGCGGCUGGGACCCCGCGCCCUUCACGGACACUGACAAGAUCCAGAGCUAUCAAUACCUCAGUUAUGCGACCUUAGAGGUUUUUCAUUUGUUUGUGGUUGUGUCCUUGUUUUUCCUUCCUUUUUCUCUUUUUAAAGACCAACUUCCCUUUGGCGGCCGUGUGAGGAGAGUCCCCUAAGAGGUGAAAGAAAAGCCUGGCUCUGUUCACUGUCCUAGGAGCUGCCCUUGCUGCAUGCCCUGUCACGGCCCCUCACUCUCAGAGCUUCGCUUACGCCUCACCCCACGUGAGGCCCUCUGCUGGCAGAAAGUUGCAGCACUUCCUGUUUUUUGAACGUUCUGGACCAACAAAAUGGCAGCACAUCCUGUUUCCUGACAGAGAAGGCAUCACAGUGACCAAUGAUCCAUGCGUGUGUGUGUGUGUGUGUGUGUGCGUGCGUGUGUGUGUGUGUGUGUGUUUGAGUAUCUCUCUUCUUGCCUGGAAUGAGCCAUAGUGAAGUCGUAUGGGAAGAGACGGCUCCGCAGAACUCUGAAAUGAAGAAAGACCACCAUCCAAGUGGGAUCUUCUUUCAGCCUGUGGAGAAGGAUUGGAAUCUUAGUCAGAUACCAGAAACUCCUAUACUCCUACUGGGAGGCAGCAAGAUGUGGAGACAGGAUGUGCCCAGAACUAGGACCAAACUCCUGAUGCCAACAUAGACUUCCUCCUGACAGUCAUGGUUGCCCAGAGGUGUGGUUUUGGGAUGUUCCUGAUGAACUGUUCACUAGAUUGGUCAGACUCCGACAGAGACCAUCAGUCCUGGGACCUCACUGUUGUUGACAACUGUCAAACUAUGAAGAAACAGAAGUCCCAUUUCUCAGAAAGAUCAAAAUUACACUCCUGGAUCUUCCCUGUGUCCAGUGAGAAACACAGAUCCUUUUCCCUUUCCAGAAUAUAAGUCAUGCUGUUUAUUUGCAUUGAUUCCCCACCAUGCUUUUGCUUUGGUUUUGCUUUUCAUUUAAGUGGAGCAACACAGUCUGAAGACACGUUAUCGGGACAGAGCCAGAGAGUAUUCAAAGGAAGGUUUCAAUGGUUCUUAGCUCCCCUGAAGUUCAGCGACAACAAAACAAGAACCUUCUGAAGCCAUGUGCGCCUCAUCUGACCCCUCCGUGUGUUUAGUUCUAUAUCAAAGAAGAUAGUUAUCUACCAACAUCCGGACAGAACCUGUUCCGUCAAGAUGCAUGUCUCUAUCUUUCUGUAAAUAGCCGCAUGGCAACGCUGAGAGCCCCCCGGUCUUCCACCCCCACCUACUUCACAGAUGGAUUGAGGCUGCUCCUUCAAUUUUAUGUCAUGUACAGUCUUUGUCCUCCCCACCCCACCCCAUCCGGAACCCUCCGAUGGGGGCCAUGGCCGAUGGGAGCUGGUUUCCAACUCUGGUGCCAGCCCAGCCCUGGAGGACACUGUCGCCCCGAAGGCCCGCCUGCUGCACAUCCGUCUGCAGGGCCAACCCUCGGGCGCGGCGUGCUGUGUCCAGCCUGUCUGGUGUCCCGGUAGCGUCCGUGUCCUGUGUGUGUGUGUGGUGUGCCCCUUCCUCCCACUGUCUGAAUUAACUGAAAAGCCAUAAAGGGGGCCUCCUCCAGGAGCCCCCGUGUCCCUCUGAUUGGCUCCCCAUGACCACUUGUGAAGGGCUCACCUUUCACCCCUGUUCCCUCAGCCCCGUGUCAUGAGGACAGAUGGCAUGCAGGCUCCUGGUGGGGCCUCUGGGGCUGUCCUGGCCGGCCCUGCCCACACUGGCUUCCAUAGCCUGGGGCAACAGUUCACCUCCACGGCCACCUACCUGACUGUGGACAGAGCAGGGGGCGGGGGGACUCCAUAGUUCCGGGUGCCUUCCUGGGGCCCUGUGGGGGCAGGCAGGGUUUUCAGCAGCAGCCAACUGGUGGCUCAGUCUGUGGCUGGGCCCCCCCUUGUCACCUGGGCCCCUCUUGCCCAGCACUGCGGUGCCAGGGCCAGGACAGCGAUGGAGGGUGUCUCGGGGAAAACUGGGGAACUUCAGAAAUUAGCCUAGGUAAUUAAAUAAGCUCAGCUCCCCCGAAGCUUCCUCUUGUAGCCUGAUAGCAGCCUGAGAACAGGGCGGCCUGAAGGCUGUCAGGGCUCCUCAGAGUGGUGGGGCAGGGCGAGGGGGGCUCAGGAGACACCCAGGUGGGCGGGUGUGCACUGGGCUCCCUGCCCCUGACAGCUACUCCCACAGCAGCCAGCCGGGUGUGCCAAGUAGCAGAGGGGUGGGUAGAGGGGACUGGGGCUUCCAAGGCCUCUCUCAAAUGUGAACCAAGAGGGACGGGUGGCCCCAGUCUGCUGCCCUGGGCCCCGUGGCCCUAACACGGGCAGUAAUGCAUGGAAAUAGCCCCGAAGGCCUCAGGCCUGGCAACCGAGAAGCUCGAGGAGGAGAAAGGGAAAGAACCGAGAACCAGGAUCCACCUUCUACCGGCCGGGACCUCUGGCAGACGUUCCUGGGCAGGAGAGGGGCGAGGCUGUCGCAGAGCAGCAGGUGGAGUGAGGUGGCAGCAGCGUGCAUGGGGCAUUGGGAGUUUCUCCAGCCAGCCUUAGCGAUCGGAAUCUUGGGGGGUGGGGUCUUUGGAGAAGCCAGACCCUUCUGCCCUGACUCCUGCCCAUCUAAGGACUUAACCUGCUGUUUCUGGAUAACCCUGGACCAAGAGCUUCCAAACGAGGGCUAGGUCAGGGUCUAGCUCAGCCCAGGUGGUCCUGGAGUGCGCCAGCCCCACCAGGAGCCUUGCCUUGGUCUUCGUGGGAAGGACACGCACACAGCCCUGCCCGCCCCUCCUCUGCUUGGCAAUGCUCUCCACCCCCUCGUGUGGACUCUGUCGUUUUGUCUGAUCUCUUGUCCAACUGUUAUUUUGUAACGAGCUGCGUCUCCUUAUUAAAGAAAUGAGCUGAAAGAAAU